CGCACCUCCUCCCUCCUCUCUCUCCUCCCUUUGUGCAGUUGACAAGCUCCUUCUCGGGCAGGACUGGAAACCAGAGACAGAGAUAAUGGCCGUACCUCCCACCUACGUUGACCUUGGAAAGUCUGCCAGGGAUGUCUUUACCAAGGGAUACGGCUUCGGGCUCAUUAAGCUGGACUUGAAAACAAAGUCUGAGAAUGGACUGGAGUUCACCAGCACAGGCUCUGCCAACACCGAGACCAGCAAGGUUGCAGGAUCCCUGGAGACCAAGUAUAAGUGGAUGGAGCACGGACUGACCUUCACAGAGAAAUGGAACACAGACAACACCCUGGGGACCGAGAUCACCCUUGAGGACCAGUUGGCUAAGGGGCUGAAGCUGACGUUUGACUCCUCCUUCUCACCGAACACUGGCAAAAAGAGUGGCAAAAUCAAGACAGGCUACAAAUGUGACCACAUCAACCUUGGCUGUGACGUCCACUAUGACAUCAAUGGUACAGCUAUCCACGGCGCAGGAGUGGUGGGCUACGAGGGCUGGCUGGCCGGCUACCAGCUGACGUUCGAGGCUGGCAGGAACAGGAUCACCCAGAGCAACUUCGCAGUUGGAUACAAGACUGACGAAUUCCAGCUCCAUACGAAUGUAAAUGAUGGCACUGAGUUUGGUGGCUCCAUCUACCAGAAGGUGAAUGACCAGUUGGAGACAGCCGUCAACCUGGCCUGGACUGCCGGAAACAGCAACACUCGCUUUGGCAUCGCUGCCAAGUAUCAGAUUGAUGCUGAUGCAUCCUUCUCUGCCAAGGUGAACAACUCCAGCCUCGUGGGCCUGGGAUACACUCAGACUCUGAAGCCAGGCAUCAAGCUGACACUCUCUGCUCUCCUCGAUGGCAAGAACAUCAAUGCUGGCGGCCACAAGCUUGGUCUCGGCCUCGAGUUCCAGGCAUAGGAGGAUGAUGCAGACAUCCUUCAAGUCCUCCCAGCACACACACAUUCCCCACCAAAUAAUAAAAUGUCUGGAUCCUUUAUUGAUUAGCUAGCCCUCACAAAACCCCCGUUUCCCCCUAGAUGUGCUACAGCUGGAGGUCAGACAGUGCUAAAGGUCAAAUCGUUGUUGCGACGAUGUAUCACUUUGAAAGGACCACUUUUAAGGGAACAACAUAUUUUCAAAAUACGGAGCCCAGUUCAGAACAAAACUCCAACAUUUAACAAAAAAAGUUUGAUUUUGAAUUGUGUACCCUGCAAGGGAAAAGUAGCCUCGAGUACAAUCAUGUCGGCCUCACACUUUGUCAUUUCACCACAGUCAUACACAAUGCUUUAAUUUGUGUCUCUCUGCUGACCAAUGCAGAUAAAGGGAAGUCAAAACUAGAUCAGCCCAAAAUGCAGAAAGGGCUCGACAUGGUUACUAUACAGUUGAGUAGUUACACCACCAGAUGGUGCUGUUACAUAGCACCAGUAAAAGCACUCCUCGUUCAGACGGUGUAGUGGUGAAAUACUGGUUUGAAAAAAAAUGUUUUAUUGUUACACUUCUGCACUGGAGAGCUCUAGUGUCUGUUGGGAUAUAUUAAGUUAUGGGAAGGGUAAGUUGUCCCUGAUGUAAGCAGCUGUCAGUAGCUCAGAGACACUACACCCCAAUGUGUACAUUCUGUGUUUUUGUCUCACUUUGUCUUUUUGUGUCUGUGCAUUUGGUGUGAAUCCUGUCUUUUGUUACAUAUAGCAAAAAGAAUAUUUUAUUGACAGUCUUGCAUAAUUUAAUCCACCUGUGAAGUCUUACAAAGGCAAAGAUCUGUCAAUUCUUUCUGGUCGAGCAAAACCUAUCAUGCACACAGUUGCGCUUCUCUGGAUGAGAGUUACAGAGCUUCUUUGAAGGAGGAUGAACAUAAGUAGACAGGAAAUGGUAGUCUUCCACAACUGAAUAUGGGAAGUUUUAGUGUUCUUGACAGUAUUGUCAUUCCCUAAAUUAAAUAAAGAACAUCUUGAACCAG